AUGGGUUGUACUUCUGGUCGUGCAAGUGGAAGCGAAAGAGGUUUAAUUUUCUCAGCAAGAAUAACAAAUAAGUGCCCUAAACCAGUUGAUUGUGAAGUUCACUAUACGGCCUCUGAUCUUAGUAAAGAUGGUAAUAAUUAUCACCAUACCGAACAUGUUUCAAGCAAAUUAAAUGCACGAAAUGGUGUGAUGAAUGCAGAACCAAAAAUAUUUACUCCACCACAAGCUGAUCAAUCAGUAGGUAUGCCAAUUUGGAAAAUUGUUGUUACAAAAGAAGAUGGCACAACAAUGGAAAUUAAAGAACCGUUUAAAAAUAUUCUUCAUGGUGGAAAAACUAGCGGACAAUUUAUUAUUAAAAACAAUGGUAUUCAAUCAAUUAAAUCAAAGUAAGAAAAAACUAUAUGAAAUACAAACAAGUAUUUAAACAAACAGUAGUAAAUAGCUAAAUUUAUUUCUAAUCUAUUUUUUCUGCUCAGUGUAAAAUAAAACUACAACUACAACAUACAGAUUUCAAAUUAGUCGGAGUAUUAAAGUGCUUUUUGAGAAAUUUCUUUAAUGCAUACAUACAUGAUUUUAUUCAGAGCUACAGAUCUAUACGACAAAUUAUUUUCAGUAAAUGACUGUUUACUAAGUAAACAACUCUGUAUAUCUGGCGAUUUUAUCUGAACGUUGAGUUUUGCACGUAUCACUGCAAAUCAUACGAUCAAAUCAUAACGUACUGAAAAAAAUUAUAGGAACAGUCUUACAAAUCUCACGAGGGAAGUACCCCAACUGAUAAAUCGCUUUUUCAACGAAACCGAGUGGACUAUAGGUAGUCGACGAUGCUGAUUCCGAAUAUCAC